GUGGUGGUUGUGUUGAACAGAGGGGAUGAUGGGAGCUGACGGCGGCUCGGUGGGGACGAACCCCGAAAACAGGACUGACCUCUGAACCCGAGAGACACACUGACCACGGUGUCAUGGACGACGUGGAUCCAUCUCCUCUGCGGCGUUUCGUGGUGGCGAAACGUUCGAUCACCUCCAUCUUUGAUCAGCUGCUGGACUUUGUGAAGGAUGGCUCCGCCUUUGUGGACGAGGCGUGGCGUGGCGAUGACCUGGGUCAGGUGGCAGUGGAGGAGCAGAGUCUGGAGCUGCAGAGCUGUGCCACCAAACUGUGGACCAUCAGGGAGGUUCUGCUCAGGAGACACAUGAAGGUGGCGUUCUUCGGCAGGACGAGUAACGGGAAGAGUACAGUGAUCAACGCCAUGCUCAGAGACCGAGUGUUGCCCAGCGGCAUCGGUCACACCACCAACUGUUUCCUGAGGGUGGAGGGAACCGACGGAGAUGAGGCUUACCUCACCACCGAGGCGUCCAAUGAGAGGAGGAGCGUCAGCACGGUGAACCAGCUGGCUCAUGCCCUCCACAUGGAUCCCACUCUGGACUCCGGCAGCCUGGUGAAGGUCAUGUGGCCUAAAAGUCGCUGCGCUCUGCUGAGAGACGACCUGGUGCUGAUGGACAGCCCUGGUACUGAUGUCACUUUGGAGUUGGACAGCUGGAUCGAUAAGUUCUGUUUGGACGCUGACGUUUUUGUUCUGGUGGGAAAUGCUGAGUCGACGCUCAUGAACACGGAGAAACUUUUCUUCCACAAAGUCAGUGAGAGAAUCUCCAAACCAAAUAUCUUCAUUCUCCACAACAGAUGGGACGCCUCAGUGAGUGAACCAGAAUACAUCGAGGAGGUGAGGAAGCAGCACCUGGACCGCUGUGUGAGUUUCCUGGCGGAGGAGCUGAAGGUGGUCGGUCUGGACGAGGCUCCAGGGAGGAUCUUCUUCGUCUCGGCCAAAGAGGUCCUGAACUCCAGGAUGCAGCGAGCGCAGGGCAUGCCUGAGACAGGUGGCGCUCUGGCUGAAGGUUUCCAGGACAGACUGAGAGAGUUCCAGAUGUUCGAGAGGACGUUUGAGGAGUUCAUCUCUCAGUCUGCAGUGAAGACCAAGUUUGAGCAGCACACAGUGAGAGCGUGGCAGAUCACUGAGGCCAUCAAAGCUGUGAUGGACGCCAUCAACAUUGCCUCCGCUGACAGGAAGAUCUGCUGCCUGGAGGAGCGCGAGGAGCAGAGGGACCGGCUGGACUUUGUCCGAGGACAGAUUAACCGUCUGACCGACAACGUCAAAGAGAGGAUCAAGACUCUGACUGAUGAUGUCACUGCCAAGGUGGCCACGGCGCUGUCCGACCAGAUCCGCUCACUUCCUGUCCUGGUGGAGGAGUUCAGAGCUGACUUCAACCCCACACAGGAAACUCUGGAGCUCUACAAGACUAAGCUGCUGCAGCACGUGGAGGAGAGGAUGGUCUGCAGUUUGUCUCACCGCUGCUCCGUCAGCAUCCUCAAAGACAUCAGAGACGCUCAGAGAUUCAUGAUCGACAGCGUCCGUCCUCUGCUGUCUCUGCCCGUCCACGAUCAGCUCUCCACUCCCUCCACGUCCUUCGACCUGACGUACGACCUCGGCCUCAUCGCCCUCUGUGCAGAUUUUCGUGAAAACAUUGAGUUCCAGUUUUCUCUGGGCUGGACCGCCCUCGUCACCCGCUUCAUCGGAGCCACCAACGCCAAGCGAGCACUGAGCGGCUCCGACCCACGACUGCAGGAAGGCGCCAACUUUAAGGAUGAGAUGGUGGUUUCCAUAGCGACAGGUCUGGUCUCCGUCACCUCCCGGGCGUCCAUGACGGUGCUGAUCAUCGGAGGAGUGGUGUGGCGUUCGGUUGGCUGGCGUGUCAUCGCUCUGUCACUGUCUCUGUACGGUCUCCUCUACCUGUAUGAGAAACUCACCUGGACCGACGCCAGCAGAGAGCGCGCUCUGAAGCGGCAGUUUGUGGAGCACACCGCCCACCGCCUGAGGGCUGUCAUCCCCGUCACCAGCUCUGCCUGCAGCCAGCAGGUGUAUAAGGAGCUGUCGUCCACCUUCAGUCGUCUGACUCAGAGAGUGGACCUCAGUGAAGCCGAACUGGAGGGAAACAUCCGUCAGCUGAGCUUCAGGAUCCAGAGACUGGAGAACAUCCAGAGGAGGUCCAAGGCCUUCAGGAACAGAGCGACGGAGCUGGAGACUCAGCUGGAGCUCUUCUCUGUUCAGUACCUGCAGGGAAACUGAAGCACAGCUGAGAGCUGCAGCGCCUCCUGCUGACAGACCUCCACACUGUUCACGUGUCAGACUGUGACUCUGAUCUCCAAACUGUCUCCUCUCACUCCUCCUUCCUCCGCCUCUGCUCAGGACGAGUCGUGAACGCAGGGCGCGGCGCAGCGAAGUGACCGACUGAACUGCUGAACUCUGAGCUUUUGUUCUGUUAUUACAGAUAUUAGGUUUUAUUAUUUCAGGAGGUGGGAGGACACGAGUCACGUGACUUGAGGACUUGAGACUUGCUUGACUAACACUGAUGAAAGACUCGACUUAACUUUGACUCGGUAACCAAGACCUGAUUUUGACUUGAGACAGACAACUUGAAAUUACUUGACUUUUUUUAAUUCAAUAUUUAUAUUUUUCUAGAUGUUGAGAAGUUUUGUUUUUAAAUUAAGAUGUCGCAGCCGGGGAGGACCCACCGGCUUACAUUUGUACUCACGCUACCACAGCUCUGUGCUCCUCUUUCACAGCUCUGUUCUCCUCUUUCACAGCUCUGUCCUCCUCUUUCACAGCUCUGUGCUCCUCUUUCACAGCUCUGUUCUCCUCUUUCACAGCUCUGUCCUCCUCUCCCACAGCUCUUCCCUCCUCUUUCACAGCUCUGGAAACAGUGAGACACACUGACCCAGAGCCCAAACUGACACCUCCAUCAUGUUUGUUUUGUCCGACCAACUGUUCAAACUUCAACAAAAAAAUAAUAAAAAGCAAAAGCAGGAAAAAAAUCAGCUAGGGUGUCUGGGCUCAGCCUUAGAGAUAGGGGGAGGAGUCAGACAUCUGGAGGGAGCUCGGAGUAGAGCCGCUGCUCCUUCAUGUUGAGGUGGUUCAACAUCUGAUCAGGAUCCUCCUGGUCCAGCUGGUAGGAGGCCCCGGGGCAGACCCAGAACACACUGGAGAAUGAAGAUGAAUGGAUGAAUUAUUAAAAUAGAGGCACAGUUAUUUUCUGUCAGUUCAAUAACUGACUCGUAGUUCCAGAUGUACUUGAACAGUUUCAGAUGUUGCGAGUGUCAAGUCUUAAUUAGUUGAGUAACGAGUAACUAAAGCUGUCAAAGUACAAGUCAAGGUAGACGGUGACCUGAGAGGAGAAUGUGUUGAGUUACAUUCCACCACUGGCUGCAGUUUGUUUAGUAUCUUUACGAGUUUGUAAGUAUGACUCGACUCAACUUGAUUGAUUUCCACAACAGUGACUUGGGACUUGAAAGUUAUGAGUUAAUGAUUUGCACGUGUGACUUGCUCCCACCUCUGCCAAAAACCAAACAUGGACCAGCUGUUGACGAGAACACUGCGCGCUGUUUGUCCUUCUGACUCGAUGUCGUCGCCGUUCACUCUUCAGGUCAAAGAAAACCUGCUGGUUUUUGGUUCCAGCUGAGAACCAAGUCCUCAGGUCCUGAACCAGUUUAUUUUUGGUGGAGGUGCUCUGGACGGUUCAUCAUCAGGAGCAGGAACCAGAACAGAACCGGUUCCAAGUUGGUGGAAAAGGAGAACGUGAAUGAAGACAGGAAACAUUAAUAUUUUAAGGUUUUCUUAUAUUCAGACAGACAGGAUGUGAUGAUGUGUUUUACCUGCUUGACAGUUUCGACUGAGACUCCAGUCUUCCUCAGAAGCGUCAUCCGACGUGCUGCUGACGUGUCAUAUAUCAGCUGGUGGGCCUGACAGACCAAUCAGAGUCUGUCAGGCCCACCCUGCCUCCCGCGUCGUUGUUCGUUCUCUGGAGGAGGGAAUCCCAGGUAUGUUAGAGGGUGUACGCCCCCUCGUCCCGGUUGAUGGUGCCACUUCCUGAUCUCUGUGGCCUCUUUUAUCCACCGUUUGAAUUUAUUGGUCUCUGGUGUGAUUAUUUUGCUCCUGUCCCAGUCCAUGAUGUGGUUAUUUCUCCUGCAGUGAUCUGUGAUGGAUGAUUUUAGGUUUUCCUGUUCUGCUUUGUCUUUUCGUGUCCUUGUGAAUCUUUUCGUGUCCUUGUGAAUCUUUUCGUGUCCUUGUGAAUCUUUUUGUGUCCUUGUGAAUCGCCCCGCUGUCUCUUUUUCGCUUUCUUUUUGAUGUUCUUGUCACAUCUCCUCACAUCCUGUCUGUCUGAAUAUAAGAAAACCUUAAAAUAUUCUAAAUAGGAAGACAGUAUGAACCUUAUCAAUCCAAACAUUUUUAAUCUUCAGUUGGAGUCAUCAGACUGUUCUUAACGCUGGUCAUAUCCACAGUGAGGAGCUGCAGCCAUUAUUCAUGUUUAGAAAAGUAAUCAUUACCUACAUUAAUGAUCAGUUCAUGGCUUCACAGUUUGGAAUGACGAGACAUUUCUCUGUCCGACGUGAUAGUAAAUGUUAGAGAUGCACCGUAUUGGAUUUGUUGCUGAUAUAUAACGAGUGAUUUGGCCGAUAACUUUGUUUCUGUCCUCAUGUCAGUGAUGAUCAAGUCUCCUCUGUAGAUGAAUUAACAUCAUAUUAUACACACAGACUGUGAUGGUGACAGCCCACCAGCAGGUGGAGACAUGAAACACUGUUCAGUGUGUGUAACAUUGAUUCACUGUCUCUA